GCAACUUUUUCAGUCUCGUUUUUGGAAUUCGCGUGUUUGUUCGGCGGUGGUUGUAGAUCACUAGAUUGAUGAUACUGCUUUUACUAGCAACAUUGUUUUACUGAACUGUUUUAUUGUUAGCUGCUUUUAUAUCGUUUUUUGUUUUACACCGGUUUGUUUGAUUUGUUUAGAUAAUUUGAAGGCGUGAACAGGGCCGUGGGAGUAAUGGGGUUGAUAUAAAUUGCAUGGGUGACGAUGCCACAACUCCGAGUAGCACGGAGAUCAAAACGGCUUGGUGAUCUCCAGCCUGCCACUCAACCGAUUGUUCAAACCGAAAACGUUACCGCACCAACCAGAGGCAGAAGAAAGACCGGUGGUGGAAGGGGAAGAGGUUAUGCUGCAGGUGUAACAAAAGGGCUUGUUACAGCAACUCCAGGUAGACUGACAGCUGGCGGUAGAGGAAGAGGUGGUAGAUUGAUUGAUUUGGACCAGGAACCGCCGUGUGAUAUUGUUCCGGACCCUGCGGUUCUUGGAGUUCGUGAGCCUGGUUUAAAUAGAAUAGACGCAGUUGCGGAUAAAGAUAUUGCCAUGGAUGGUGGAAGUGCUGAUAAAAUAAUGGGAGUUGAAGAAGACGGAAACACGCCUGCUGUGCCUGAAAGGGUACAAGUCGGUAACUCUCCGAUAUAUAAGACGGACCGAAAGUUGGGAAAGGGUGGUUUUGGUCAAGUUUAUGUUGGUAGGAGGGUAAGCGGUGGAACUGAAAGAACGGGGCCCGAUGCGGUUGAGGUAUCUUAAAAAAGAUAAUAAUAUUUUCAUUAUAACCGCUUAGGGUGUACGGGGCACCCUUCGGGGACCCCUUCGGUGACAAAAUACACCGCUCGGCAAAGCACCGCCGUUGAUGCGGGACAGGAAAUCGGGACAGGAAACCGGUGGCGGCUCACCGAAGAGAGAGGGAGGAGAGAGAGAGGGGCGGUCCAAUCACAGCUUUCCUUU